CUGCCUGCCUCAUGGCCUUGCCUCCAUUUAUCUCUCCCAUUCACCUCUGCUUCCUCUUCUUUGCCCCAGCCUGUUCCCCAAAUCUCUGGGCAAGCUCCAGCUGCUGUUUUCCAACUUGUCAUGUGCUCCUGGGGAUUGCGAAUACAGCAAGGCAAGUGGCUGCCCCUCAGAAUCUUCUCUUAGGCCUGUCUCUCGCCCUCCUUUAUUCAAUAAACAUUUUUUGAGCUUAUUGUGCGGGGUGCUCCAGCAGCAGGGAAGACAGACCUAGGGUAAAGAUUACAGGACAAUCUAAAUGAUACGUGCUGUAUCAGAACUAUAGCAUUGUAGGGAGCCAGAGCAGGGAGUUCCAAGCCCUGGGAACUUUGUGUGACUCUUUGUCAUUGACCCUUGGGCAAAAAUCUAAGCUCCAGGGGAAGAAGCAAAGGCAGAAAUGUGAGUUCCCUGAAUGGUCAGGUGUUAUUAAUGUUUGUUUCCCUGUACCUUGCACAUAAGUGCUCUCCAGGAAUAUUUAAAAGUUGGGAACAGAGUGAAUACAGGCACACUGAAAGGAACAAGCAGUGUCUGAAACCAACAGAGGGUUAAAAGGGACCGUGGAAAGGGCUUUCAUUUUGUCUCUCUCUAUUCCACCUAGCAACUGAUGACACUACACAGUUUUCACUGUUCUUAUUGGGAGAGGGCCGUGUGUGUCGCUCUAUAGUUACAUUACCCAAUAGGUUCUCAAAAAGAUCAACAGGGAACUGUUAGUAGCUUCUCAUAGCUGCUAGUUUCUGGAUGCCCAUCCAGUUUAAAGAAUCCAGAAAGAGGACGACUUUAGUGGGGAUGACGGUGCUCCUGCUCCCUGUCAUCACUGCAUUAACGGUGAAGCACAGCGAUGCCCGGACUCAUUCUCUGAGAUAUUUCCGCCUGGGCGUGUCAGAUCCUGGCCAGGGGCUACCUGAGUUUAUUUCUGUUGGCUAUGUGGACUCUCACCCUAUCACCACGUAUGACAGUGUCACUCGGCGGAAGGAGCCAAAGGCCCCAUGGAUGGCGGAGAAGCUGGCGCCCGAUCACUGGGACAGGUACACGCAGCUGCUGAGGGGCUGGCAGCACGCGUCCCUGAUGGAACUGAGGAACCUGCAGAGGCGCUACAACCACUCAGGGCCUCACACCUACCAGAGGAUGAUCGGCUGCGAGAUGCUGGAGGACGGAAGCACCACGGGAUUCCUCCAGUACGCGUAUGACGGGCAGGAUUUCCUAGUCUUCAACAAGGACACCCUCUCCUGGAUAGCCGUGGAUAACGUGGCCCACGUCACCAAGCAGGCGUGGGAGGCCAAUCGGCAUGAGUUACAGUAUCAGAAGAAUUGGCUGGAAGAAGAAUGCGUUGCCUGGCUAAAGAGAUUCCUGGAGUAUGGCAAUGCCACCCUCCAAAGAACAGAGCCCCCACUGGUCAGAAUAAAUCGCAAAGAAAUGUUUCCAGGGAUUACAACUCUCUUCUGCAAAGCUCAUGGCUUUUAUCCCCCGGAAAUUUCCAUGGUCUGGAGGAAGAAUGGAGAAGAAAUUGUCCAAGAAAUGGAUUCUGGAGACAUUCUUCCCAGUGGGGAUGGAACUUAUCAGACGUGGGUUUCAAUUGAGCUGGAUCCUCAGAGCAGUGACUUUUACUCCUGUCAUGUGGAGCACUGUGGCCUCCACAUGGUUCUUCAGGAAUCGGAAAGUAUCCCUUUGGUGAUGAAAGCUGUCUCUGGGUCCAUUGUUCUUGCCAUUGUCCUGGCUGGCGUUGGUCUUCUAGCCUGGAGAAGAAGGCCCCGAGAGCAAAAGAGAGUCAUCUACCUUCCUGCACUAGAUCGAUGACUGUAGAUCCCUCCUUUCCAGCACUCUCUCCUCUAGGAACCGUGGUCUCCUCUGUCCCCCAGAGACUCAGUCCUCGAAGUUCUUGACCACACCCGCAACCUACAUGGGGAAUACAGGAUUGAGCAUUUAUGGCAGAAAGAUCAGAGCCACAAAAUUUUCUUUGUCCUUUGACUCCAAAAAGACUGUCAGCUUUUUAAUGGACUCUUUUAUCACAUGUGGCUUUAAAUACAGCUUGUCUCAUG